CUCCGUUUAAACCUCCCAAACUCUUUCUCUUUCCCUCUUGUCCCACUAAUCCCACAAUUAAAUCAUCAUCAUCACUAUCUCUCUCUCUCUCCACAAAAGUCAGAGGUUUCGGAGAAUUUCAUAUAAAUAAAACAAAGCCCCAAAACACAGUUUUUCAAACCCCAAACAAAAACAUUAUCAUGGCUAACUCAACUACUACUUCUUCUUCAUCUUCAACUUCUCCUAUAUGGCUCUACUCUUACGUAAAGCUUCAGUUCUUCAAUCGAAUCCGACGGUUCCUGCGCUCCAAAGCCGGCCGCAAGCGCUACGUGUCCUCAUCCUCUGACCGACUCGAAGCUCUGAGCAGCGUUGGCGACCAAGCCCUCGUCGAGACUGCGGCGGUGCUCGAAGUUAUGGAAACCCAAUUGGGCGCCGGCGAUGGCAGCCGCCGCGGCGGAGGAGAUGACGUGGCGGGGCUGCAGAGAGCAGUGAAGAGGCUUCACUUUGGUCGGAGCUGGGAGGAGAAAGAGAUGGCGGCUUUGGAGAUUCAAAGCUUGGCCAAACAUGAUGUGAAGCUCAGAAAGUUGGUUGCCGAGCUCGGCGUUAUACCGGUUUUGGUUACCAUGGCCGCCUCCGACGUCGUUUCUCGCCGCCGUGCUGCGGUGGCUGCUCUUGUUCAACUUGCUAAUGGAACUUACACGAAUAAAGCUCUUAUGGUGGAAGCAGGAAUUCUAUCAAAUCUACCAAAAAACACAAAUCUUUUAGAUGAACCAACCAAGCUUGAAUUUGCAGAAUUGCUCUUGACAUUAUCUUCAUUAGCAAAUACACCCUUCCCUUUAGCCUCAUCAGAAAUUGUCCCAUUUCUCAUUGGAAUACUUGAAUCAAGUUCCACUAAUAUUGAAACAAUGGAGUCAUGUAUAGGCACUUUGUGUAACCUCUCCAAUAUUUUGGACAAUGCAGGAGCAUUGGUUUCCAAUGGAGUAGUAGACACUCUCUUAAAAUUGUCCUCGACAAAAGAACUCUCCGAGAAAGUGCUUGGAGCAUUAGGGUGCUUGGUAGUGACCUUAAUGGGAAAGAAGGCCAUGGAAAAUAGUCAAAUGGUGCCAGAGACUUUGAUUGAGAUAUUGACAUGGGAUGACAAACCUAAAUGCCAAGAGUUAUCAGCUUACAUACUAAUGAUUUUAGCUCAUCAAAGUUCAGCUCAAAGACAAAAAAUGGCUAAGUCUGGAAUUGUGCAAGUGCUUUUGGAAGUUGCAUUGCUAGGGAGUCCUCUAGCUCAGAAGAGGUCACUAAAACUGUUGCAGUGGUUUAGAGACGAGCGACAGGCGAAGAUGGGGCCGCAUUCUGGACCUCAGACUGCUGGGAGGGUUGCGGCGAUUGGUUCGCCUGUGAAUGAGAGAAUGACUCAAGAAGGGAAGAAGAUGAUGAAGAGUUUGGUGAAGCAAAGUUUGCACAAGAACAUGGAAAUGAUAACAAGACGAGCUAAUGCUGAUGGAGAGUCUUCUAAUCUCAAAGCCUUGGUGAUCAGCACGAGCUCUAAGAGUUUGCCUUAUUGAAGAUAUUCACAACAUUUUUCUAACAUGGAAAAAUACAAUUUUGACCCUUGUGUUUUUUCCAAAUACGCGAUCGGCCCAUGUGUUUUUGUUAAAUGACAAUUCGGAUCCUGUGUUUUACAAAAUAGAUCAAAAUAGUGCCCUAGACCCGAUUUUGGUCAAACUAUUUUCAAUUAUAAGAUCAAUUCUCAAGUCUUUAGUGAUGCGAUGGAUUCGUGAAAGCGAAAAAAGUAGUCGAGGAACUGAGAAUGAAAUAUUAUAAUUGAAAAUAUUUUGACCAAAAUUGAGUAUAAGGUACUAUUUUGAUCCAUUUCGUAAAACAUAAGGUCCGAAUUGUUAUUUAACAAAACACAAGAGUCGAUCGCGUAUUUGGAAAAAACACAUUGCCAAACUGGUAUUUUCCCAUCUAACAUACUUUUAUUUCAUUUGUUCAAAAACACAAAUUCCAAAUUUGCCUUGGAAUUAAUGCUAUUCUUUUUUACAGUGGUAUUAUUGUGAGAUUUGCUUUUUGGCAUAUUUGUGAACACAAGGAUGAUUUCGAGAGAGGGCGCAUAUGUCCUCCUAGUUCGAUCUGAAAGAGAAUUAAUACAAUUCUUGUGCAUUUAUAUGA